AUGAAAGUUUUUAAUCUUGUUAAUUUAAUAUUUUUUAUAUCAUUAUAUGUUACUGGAUAUUGUAUUCCAGAUUCAGAUGGAAAUGAAUUUAUAACUUCAUUUUUGUAUAAAGAUGCAAAAAAUGGAUCAAAUGUUGAAUUAAAUCUUUUUUUCAUACCAUCAAUACAAUAUCCUAGUCAUAUUGAAGUUAAAUAUUUUUCAUUAUUAAAAAAUCAAACAGUAACAAUUUUAGUUUCUCCUAAAUUUGGUGAAUUAAAUAAAUUAAACUUUAUUUAUGCUGAUGUUGUUAGUGAAGGCCAUCUUUCAACAGGAACAGCUUUAAAUGUAAUAGAUCCAAGAAUAUUUAUUUCAUCAGUAACACCAAUUAAAACUAUUGCUAGUUUAUAUGAUAAAACAAAUAAUGUAGGAGAUAUGUAUAUUGUUCCCCCAAUUUCAUUUGCUGGAACAACAUAUUUAGUUAAAUUACCAAAAGUAACUAUAGAUGUUAAUGUUGAAUUAAUAACUUCAAGUGGUAUUUCUAAUACAACAAUGAGUCAAAAUUUUACAAUUAAUGGAAAUCUAGGAUCUCCUCAAAAGAUUAUUUCUUCUAUUUUCCCUGGAGCUAAAAAAUCAUUUUACAUUAAAGCUUCUGGACCAAUAAUAAUUACAGCAGCUGCUAAUGGAGCUGAUUUAAAUGGAUAUUUAUCACAACCAAAUGGAAAAAAUAGUAUCAAUUUUGAUUAUGUAGCUUAUAUGCCACAACCAAUUGGUAUAUGGAAUGGAAAAACAAUGUUAACUCCAAAAGACAAAAGAGUUACUUUUGCUGAUCAUACAGUAGCAUUAGAAGUUUCACCAUCAGAUGUUAUAGGAUAUAAUAUACUUCCAAUUGUUACAUAUUCAAAUAUUAACAAUUCUGCCCCAAAAUCUAGUAUUAUCCCAGUUCAAAAAGUAACAGAAUAUAUAAUUGAUCAUAGUAUUAUAACAGAAUUUGCUACACAAUCAUCACAUGCUGUUGCUGUUUGGACAAGAUAUGGUUCUCCUAACAUAUCCUCAAAUCAGACACUUCAUGGUAUGUAUAUUCAUUAUAUUCCUGAAAGUACACAAUUUUAUAAUGGUGUAACUCAAUUUAUUACAAAAAAUGAUGGAGAUUAUUUUGAGGUAUAUGUUGAAAAUUAUAACACUAAUGCUAUAAUGACAUUAAAUGGACAAAAUAUUGUUUUUGAUAAUAAGAUAGCAAAAACAUUAGACUUUUUUAACAAAACAUAUACAGUUUUUAAGAUAACUGUACCAAAAGCAGGUUUAAAUACAUUUAAUUCUUCUCUUAAAUAUAUUGCAUAUGUUGUUGGUAAAAUGAAUCCUAAUUUCAAUACAUCUUAUGGAUAUCUUUCUGGAUUUAAUCAAUCAAAACUUCAGACAUACUGGGCUUCUGAUGAAACAUCAACAUCUGCUCCCUCAACAACGGUAACAUCUAAAAAUAGUGGAAGUACAAUUAACCCAUCUACUAAAUCUGCUACAACCAUAACAACAACAACAACUAAAUCAGCCUCAAAAGUUGGUAUCUAUUCAUCCAUCAUUACUUUUAUUUACAUCUUUUCAUCAUUUAUUAUUUAA